AUGGAGGAGACACAGCCCCUCGAGACACAGGCCGCGACCCAGCUUGUAUCCCAGACCGAACAUCCGGCCGACGACGACUUGUGGGGCGUGCUCAUCCCGUGCAACGCCGCGAAUCCGCACAUCAACCGCAUCGACCUCUUCAGGACAAAGCGCACGUACCGCAUCGGGCGCAAGCCCGGCGUCAACGACGUCGUGCUCGGCUCGCAGACCAUCAGCGGGAAGCACUGCUCGAUCCAGUGGGACGGGGACCUCACCGCGCAGGUCGCGGUCACCGUCGCAGACUUCUCCUCGAACGGGACACAUGAGAUCGGGCAGAGCAAGACCAUGCUCCUCCACGAUGGGAACGAGCUCCGGCUCGGCACCGAGCGCACGCCCGCCCGCGCCCACGAGGACUUCGGGUACAUCUUCAGGCUGAAGGUGGGCGCGAACGCGGCGACGAGCGUCGAGAGCAGGUACGACCUGCAUUGCUUGCUAGGGUCCGGCACGUUCGCGCACGUCAUGAAGGCGCUCCACCGGGAGGAGAACAAGUGGUAUGCGGUCAAGAUCAUUCAGGCGGAGACUCUGCGCAAAAUCGCCUCGCCGGUGGACCGCAGGCGGGCAAAGAGCAAGGACGACGGCGAGGCCGGAGCCCGGAACACCGAACCCAAAGACGGUGCCUUACCGCCGAACUUCCGGAGGGAGAUCGAGAUCCUGAGUCAGAUGAAGCACCCACGCAUAUGCGAAUUCAAGGAGGUGUUUUUUGAGAGCAAUAGCUUGAGUCUGGUGAUGGAACUCGUCUCUGGCGGAGACUUGCUCCAGUACAUCACCAACGCAAACCGUGGGCUGCCGGAGGCCGAAACGCAGCGGAUCACGUACCAGAUCUGCGACGCCCUUUCCUACGUGCACGAGCAAGGGAUCGUCCACCGCGACCUGAAGCCGGAGAACAUCCUCUUGACAAGCGAGGACCCGCCCAACGUGAAGAUUGCCGACUUUGGGCUAGCGAAGGCGAUGGAUUCCGAGACGGUCCUCAAGACGUUCUGCGGCACCCCCACAUAUCUUGCGCCGGAAGUGGCCGUGCACGACGCGUUUCCCACACCGGACGGGUACUCGAACCUGGUCGACAGCUGGAGCGUCGGCGUGAUCGUCUAUGUCAUGCUCACACAAGACACCCCAUUCAACGCAGACCCGCCGAACGUGGGCAUCCAUACCAUCAUCAUGAACCGCCAGGUGCAGUGGAAUCUCCUGUACGAGUGCGACGUGAGCGAGCAGGCGGAGCGGUUCAUCCGCGCGCUCCUCGCAUCUUCGCCGACCAAGCGUAUGUCGCUCACCAGCGCGCUGGACCACCCGUGGCUCAAAGUCGAAGGCGCGCCCCAGCCGCUCCCCGCGACCCCGCCCGCGCUGCGCACCCUCCCCUCCUUCCCCUCCGUCGCGGACGGCUCGGCGGCGGCGGAGCCCGCGCACACCCCUCCGCCCGCCGCCCCGCUGAUGGGCCUGCGAAGGCUUCCCGGGACGGCGUCGCUGCUCCGCAUGGACGGCGAGCAGGACGCGUCGACGCGCUCCGCGGCCCCGUGCGUGUCCCUCGACGACCCGAGCGUCAUCCUCGCCGUGUACCCGCCGUCGCCCGAGCGCGCGGCGACCCCAGUGCCCGACGCCGACGACGGGGUCAAGGACAGCCCCGUGCUCCUGAGCCCGCGCGGCAAGCUCCAGCGGCGGUCGGAGGUGCUGUCGCGGGCGCGGCAGACUGGCGAGGAGCUGCCGGCGCCGUCGCAGGACAUGCGUGCGUGCGUGGCGGAGGCUCUGGGCGAGGUCGGGGGUCCCGUGGAGGAGCCCGAGCCUCGCGCGAAGGAGGCGACGCCGACGCGAGAAAUCAAAACGCUCAAAGACGACACACUGGCCGGGAAGGCGGCGGCGUCGCCGAUGCGCCAGGGGGCGAAGCGCAAGUCGCUGUCGGAGGAAAGUGACGACGAAGGAGAGGGAUACGCGGCGUCGCUACCGCUGCAGACGCAGGAGCAGGAGGACUCCGAAGAGGACUCGCUGCGCGUGGUGAAGCGGCCGCGGACGGAGCUGUCGGAGAUGUCUGUCGCUGACGUGGAGGGUACGGACUAG